AUGAAAGCUGGGCAAUGGGAUAUGAACCAGAAGAAGGUUGUCAUAAACGACAUCCCCAUACCUGAACCCAGCGAAGGCCAAUUCCUUGUCAAGAUCAAGUCCGCCUCGCUAUGCCACUCAGACCUUAUGAUGGACUUGCGGCCGCCGUCCGACACGCCUGUUACCAUGGGGCAUGAAGGAGUGGGUUACAUCGAGAAGAUACACCCUAGCGCGGAAGAUAAGGGCUUCAAGGUUGGAGACGCGAUCGGCUUCCUGUACAUCGUCGGCGCCUGCUACGAGUGCGAGGGCUGCAUGGUGCACAAUCUGCAUUGCCAGACGGGCAACCAGCGGCUACAGGGCUUUACUACUGACGGUUUCUUCGCCGAGUACGCGGUCGUGGACUGGCAGAAUGCUAUCAAGAUCCCGGAGAACUUGGAAUUAGAGAGAUGCGCUCCGCUCUUCUGCGCGGGAAUUACAGCCUUCAAUGCCGUCGACAGCUGCGAACUGAAGCCAGAUCAAUGGCUUGCCGUAAUUGGAUGCGGUGGUCUUGGCCAGCUCGCUACGCAGUACGCGAAAGCUAUGGGAGUGAAAGUGGUUGGACUCGACAUCAACGAUGACACGCUCGAAAUGGCCAAAAAGCUCGGCGCAGACGCCGUCUUCAACUCCCGCUCCAACAAGAACUACGUCGAGGAGCUGAAAGAGCUUACCGGCGGUGGCGUACACGCCGCAGCCGUCUUCAGCAACGCAAACGCAGCCUACGCAGGAGCUCCAUCAAUACUCCGCCUCAAUGGCUUGUUGAUGGUCAUCGGCAUAUCGCCGAAGCCGAUAGAGCUCUCCACGCUGGAUCUCACGCUCGGCAAGUACAGGAUGAAGGCAGAUAGCACGGGCAUUCCGCAGCGGAUGCCGAAGGCGAUCGAGUUUACGGGGAAGCACAACGUCCUCCCUGAGAUCGAGUACCGUGAGCUGGAAGAUUUACAGUCGAUGAUUGAUGACAUGGAGGAGGGAAGGGCGAAGGCGAGGAUGGCUGUCGUUUUCUAG